UUUAGAAAUCUUGGAGAAGAUUGAGUUUAGUCCCACCUGUUUCUCCUAUCAGCAGAACUCUUGGUGCAGAAAAACCUGUUCAAUAAAUUAUUCAUAAUUUUAAAAAAACAAACAAACUACAUUUUCUUUGCUGAAGGAUUUUUUUUUUUAGUGCCCAGAUUUACUAAUCAGUAUACAUGGAUUUGGUUUUUUGUUUUGUUUGUUUGUUUGUUCUUUCCUUGUUCUCUUUAGUUGUCCAUGUGUACGAGACAUGUACACAUAUACAUUAAAGAAGGAAGAAGGAUGGAUUAAUGGUUAAAGCAGCUACUGCUUUUGCAGAUGUCAUGGUUUUGGUUCCACAACCGAGUCUAUUUGCCACCAAAACAGCUCGAUGGGUGAGGUAGCAUGCCACCAACCUAGGGUUAGGUUGAUUCCUAGGACCCACAUGGUGAAAGUAAACAAGUGACUCCCUUUGUCCUUUGACCUUCCCUGCCUUGGCAUGCAUGUGCUAACAUUUGUAUAAACUAAAGUUUUAAAUAUUUUAAGAAACAUUAAGGAAAUUUGCAGCUGGGCGUGUUUUUCAUUUUUAGAACACUUGUAUUGCAAGCCCAAGGCCCUAGCUCUACUACAAAGCCAACAGGAUAAUUCACCAAUUUUAGUAUAAUGCUCAUCUAAACCAUUAAAAUAUGUACUGGAAUUAGAGGAACUGCCCGCUGGAGCACUCACUAGCUGCUCUUCCAGUGGUCUAGGGUUUGAAUCCAACUAGUAACCACAACCUAACUGCAGCCCCAGCAGUGCCCACUUCUAACCUUGGGUCCUGCAUGCAUUUGCUGCAUAAACAUACAUGCAGGCAAAACACCGUACAUAUAUACACACAGAGAAGGCAUCUUUAAAUAAAUGAAGUAACGCAUUGUUGAAAAAAAAUUAAGUUUGAGGUUAGGUAGUAUUAAGAAUUAGCCAUUUACUAGUUUCAGAACAUUUCAUCUUUUCUGUUAGAAUUAUGCCGAAUUGAGAGCGCAUGAUCUGAAACACGUUGUAACUUGCUCCUCGUGCUUUGGAUGUUGGCAGGCAAAUACCUUAAGGGCCCUGUCUUUGUUCAGUAAAGAAGUGAUUUGAAAGCUGCUGCUUCACAGUCUGAUGGGUGCAUGCAUGUGCGUGGAUAAGUUGACCAGCAGAAAGCUUGCUGUACCCCCGAGUAGACAUAUGCCCCACCCUUCCCCUCACCCCCACCCCUGUUUUCAUUACUUUGGCUAUUUCAAAUCAUCUGUUUCAGAAUGGGAAUUAGGAAGACUGCUCCAUUCUGUGAUGGGUUGAUUCUGUAAAGGCAAGGUUUGUGUAGAGGCGUGCUACUACCGUGGCCUUUUCCUUCUGUGGAGUGCAACUUCAAGUGGUCCCUGCAGUGGAGACUAGCACUAGCUUGAAUUCUGUCGCAGAAAACAGUGAUACAGACAACACGGUCCUGUCAGGUGCUAUGAAAUGAGUAAUAGAGGCCCAGCUAGUGGGGGAGGUUGCCUUUUCUGUGGGCAAGGAAAUGUAUCACAGGCUUGCCCAAACUCAUGCAAUUGGUGGAACCGACUUAGGACACUUCCUCACCUGGGGCUCCUCCCAGAGAUGGAAAGGCACUUUGUCGUGGCCUGCCCAGGCCUGUACUUGCUGCCCAGGGAGCUAGGGCACCUCCCCAAACACAAAUUUGAAGAACUUGGAGAUGUAACAGAGCCUGCCUUUCCCCCCGCUCUUUGCCGUAUCCUCUAUAGGACGCUGGUUGUCACUAGGAUUCCAUCCGAUGGCUGAUUACUCUGGGGAGUCAGGACUUCUGCCCUGUGAGUCCUGUGACAUGGUUUUCCGCUCCUGGGCGUUGUUGGCCACCCACACCCAGCGAUUCUGCAUUGGCCGGCUGACUCCGGAGGCGACACUCGGGACACAGCCUUCAGUAACCACGAUUAUGGCACAGGAAAAGAGCCGUUCAGAUCAGGAGUCCAGCACGUCUGCUCUAAAGAGGCUGACCGAGGAGGUGCGGUUGCUGAGACUGGCCCUACAGGGCUCCCAGACGGCGGGGAGCCCUGCUGAGAGGCUCCAGGCGUUGCAGGGAGCCCGGGCCAGGCGCGUGGCGGAGACUGAAGCGCGAGGCCGGGCCCUGCAGUGUCGCAGCGAAGAGCUGAAACAGCGCCUCCUCGGUGGAGCGGGAACCGAGGGAGGAUCUUCCCGCCCGUUCGGCGUGGAGCGCCAGCUCAGGGAGCUCAGGGCCGAGGCCAGCCGGGCGCGGGCCGCGCUGCAAACGCUGGGUGCGCACGUCCUGGCGCUCCAGCCACAGCCGCGGGAAGCGGAGUUCGGCCGCCGUCCUCUGCCUGCCAACCUGGGAACGCUGGCCGCGGAGAUCCGGGUCCUACGUGAGGCCUAUGUGCGCGGUGGAGGUCGGGACCCAGGAGUUCUGGACAAAAUACGGCAGCUGCAAGUAGAAGCGGCAGCCCUGGAGUUGCGGCGGUCACAGAACCGCAAGGAAAAAGCAAGUGUCACCUCUGAGGAGCUUCUAAUGGUGGAAGCUGAAAACCGGCUCCUGGAGGCAGAAAUCCUAGCCUUGCAGAAGCAGAAGGGCUUGAGUCUGGCAUCCUGGGGACCCAGGGAUCUCUGGCGAUGCAUGAGUAGGAAGGGUGAUACCUUUCUUCUCUCUCCACCAGUUGCACCCCCCAUGCCACCACUUACAAGUUCCAGAAAUGUCUGGAACUUCCAUGCCACUUCAAAGGCUAAACUUAAUGGACCCAUGACAAGGAAUGUGGGUCUGGAUCUCCACUCUUCCCUACCAGCAUCUGAUGUUCUAGGCCCUGCACUCUAUGAUCCCGGGGCUGGCCUUGUCAUUUUCUAUGACUUCCUGCUGGGCCUUGAAGCAUCUUGGAUUUGGGUGCAGCUAAUGACAAGCUUGGCCCGGGGUGGACAAGAUACAGGAGGGACCACAGCAUUGCCUCCAGCACUCUGCUUGCCUCCACCUUCAGCUCCUGGACCUAUGGGCAACUGUGCCAUCCUUGCAAGCAGACAACCUGUGCCCAGGCUGCCUCCAUCCCCACUGCUAUCUUUGACCUGUGAGCUACAGGCCUGGCAGGGAGUCACAUGGGCACCACAACCAAAAGCUUGGGCCUCACUAUUGCUAUUUGACCAAGACCAGAAGGUGCUUAGUGGCCGUUGGCGCCUCCCACUUCGGGUCCUUCCUCCUAAUCCCAGCCUCAGCCUUGAGCAGUUGAAUGAGAUCCCCCAGGCAGGUCAAGCUGAGCUCUUUCUGAGGCUGGUGAAUGCAAGAGAUACAGAUGUCCAGAAACUGGAAGAGAUCAAUCCAGCGAGUGCCCAUGAAUACCAGUACCCACCACUGGUCUCCAGUUCAUCAUUGGAAGCUAGUUCCUUCACCCACAAUUCUGCCUUUGCUGACCCUCCACCUCCCAAAGAAGAGGCUUGUCAGAGUCAAGGAUAAAGGGCAUUUGAGCCCUCACCAGUUUUGACCCAAAUGACAUCAGGUUUCUGGGGCCUGAGGCACAUUUCUAGACCUGCAGGUUUUUUAAUGGGGUCUGCAAGAAGUGGCAAACUCCAGCCAUGCCAACUAGGCUUUCUGCACUUGUCUUCCAUUUGUAAAGCAGAUCGAGGAGUAAACGGUUUCAGAUAUUUACAAUAACUGCCUAACAUUCAAAUCUCUGAAAACGGAUAAGCUUGUAUAAAGCCAGCUUUGUCAAAUUUCACUCCUCCCAGCUUUCUCAGGACCUCCAGACAGAUCGAUCUAGAAUCUGAAGUGUCCAACACAGGAAUUCUAGAUCCCAGGGUAGAUUUCAGCCCAGUUAUAUUCCACUGGAGUAGAGGAUCAUGCAUUCUAAACUUAACUACAGAUCCAAUCAGCAAGGACCUUGUACUGAUCAUAUAAAGUAUGGUCCAACUGGGAAAGAUGGGAAAAAAGAUUUAGAACCUGGAAUAUGGCAAUACAAAUCAUGAUGAGCCAGAUACUCUGCAACCAAGCUUUAGUGAAUUUUUUCCAGAAAGGUCAUUCAGCACAUAAUCCUCAACGCUAGAUUUACACCACACGUAUUAUACGAGAAUGAGGAAGUCAGUGUGUUUUUAAAGAGCAAGUAAAAGGCACCUCAGUUAGGGUGUUCUUAAUUCUGUCCCAGCCUAAUAGUAUGGCAUUAGAACCUGACCACCACCCCUCAAUUAGACACCCACAACUAAUGGAUUGCCACUAAACCCCAUAUCCCACAGGGAUACUCCAGGUCCCUUCUUGUGAAGUCUUUCUAAAUAUAAUUCCAGAACAAGAAUCUUUUUUAAAUUAUAUUUAUUUUACAAAAUUGCAGGCAAUAUAACAAUUCCAAUUAUUAACAUAUUGCACCCUUUCUAUACAGAAUACUUCUAGUUGUCUC